GGGGUUUCAUAUAUCUGUAGAUUACAAUGACUGAGCUAGUUCUUUGUAAGCCAAACACGAGGCUCUCUGAGAAAGAGAACGUGGUGCCCCCAACUUGCUGUUUAUAAUCUUCGUUUGCGACAGCAGACUCACUUCCAACCUCUUUUUCCCCAGUAAAAACAUCAACCCCAACACACAAAUAAUGCCUCGACCCUACCGAGGCAGUCCGCCUACGCGGCAGGAAGUAUUCGACGUGGCUAAACACACGGUUGAAGUAUUAAAAAAAUGUGGACUUAAAUGUUGUCUUUUUGGUAGUGCUGCCUGUGCAGCAUAUGGCACCUCUGCACAUAUCCUGGUGUCCUUCCCUCAUAUUUUCUGGUUUGUAUCAUCGUUGUAAUGACUUUGUUCAACACAACCUUGACUAUAGGAUGUCGAUAUGAUUGUCCUGACAAAGGAUUUCUCGGCAGAAGAAGUCAAAAAAAAGAUUGUGGAACAGGACUC